UCAAUCACCAGCAAAACCGGCCUUAUCCUCGCUACACAAGUACCAGCAGCCCAUCCACAACCGCCAACAUGAGCGCACAACAACUCAACAUUGACAACGCCGACCUUGAGAAGCUCAACGACAAGGACCGCACCGAGCUUCGCCAAUUCCUCGCCAACGAGCAGCAGCGUUCUCAGAUCCAAGCCCAAACCCACAGCUUGACACAGAUGUGCUGGUCCAAGUGCGUUCCCGGAACCAUCAAGAACCCCAAGCUCGACAAGUCCGAGGAGACAUGCUUGGCCAACUGCGUCGAGCGAUUUCUUGACGUCAACUACCUCACGAUGAAGCACCUCAACGGCAUGCGCAACUAAGCAAGCGGCUUUGGGGGUCAUUAUAAAUCAUGUAUGAUGAAAUUGGUGUAUAAUUAGACGGGACUUGGAUCGGGGUGGAAAAAAUUAGAUCAUGUCCAGGACUGGUUCAGCUUUGCUGGUUGCAGAGUUUGACGAUCACGAUGUGUACAACAUGAAAGAAUAAAGGUGUCUCAACUUUUCGGU